UUCCCCCUUAGCUAACCUCGCGCGCCACCUCUCCUCCGGCCUCAGGACUCGCGGUUCGCGGGCGCCCUAAUGGCGAAAAGGAGCAAGGCCCCCGCGGCGGCGGCGGCGGCGGAGGAUACCGCGGCGCCCGAGGCGGGAGUCUCGAGCCCGCACGGAGGCGGCGGCGGGGAGAAGGAGGGCAGCUUCCUGCUGGGCUCGCCGACCUGGGAGGAAGCCGGGGGCGGGCGGUGGCGGUGCGCCGAGACGGGGCACGAGCUGCCGGAGCGGGAGAAGGAGGCGUACGGGCGAUCCCGCGCGUGCCGGCUCGCGCUCAUCGACCACGCCCUCGCGCGCAAGAAGCCGCCGCUCAACGCCUUCAAGCCACACCCCGAGCAUAAGUCGAAGCUCAUAUGCAACAUUACUGGGGACGUCGUAAACAAAUCGGAGGAACACAUCUGGAAGCACAUCAACGGCAAGAGGUUUCUCAACAAACUAGAAAAAAUAGAAGAAAAGAUGGCAUCAGGUGAAAUGGCCAGAGGGGAAGCUGAACAGACAAAUGAAGUGGCAAAGAAGGCCAAGUCAAGCAAGAAGAAGGAUAAGAAGAAAGCUACUGUUGUUAACCCUUCGUUGCCACGAGAACCUAAACCGGAGAUCGAUGAUUCGGAUAACUCUGAUGAUCCAGAUUUCUGGGUUCCUCCUGUUGGAAGUCGUUGGGAUGAUGAUGAUGGGAAAAACCGAUGGAGCUCCUCUCCAGUGAAAGAUGAUGCAGCAGAGGAUGAAGAUGGUGAUGAUGAUGAUAUGGCUGACAAGGAUGAUGAGGAGACAACAGAAAUUGCUUCAAGCAGGACAAAGCGGCUGUCAGUAGAAGCAGUUGGCCCAAGUAGCUUCGCUUCAAGGAAGAAAAAACCCAGAAAGGAGAAGUAAAAUUGGUCCGCAGCUUAUCAUCAAAGUUGGUCAAGAACUCAUUUGAUAUUUCUGUGUGGACGAACAAAGUUCGUCUUUAUUCCCUCUCGGUUGGCUAGUCAGGUGUGAAUUGUUUUAAUUGGCAUGCUUUUAGUUAAUGCUUCUCAGUGUAAACUUAUCACUGCACCUUUCAAUACUACUAUUGCAUGGCAAUUCUCUACACUUGCAUUAGUUAAUUCCUAUGAUUUUGACAUGAGAAUGAACUGUGUUACUUGUGCUA